AUGGCAAGGCUCACUGAUGAUGCCGACUACGAUGCCGGCGAAAUGUUUGAAAAUGUAUCAAGUCUACUGUCAGAUGGUGGAAAUCCUGACAACUACAAUGGCAGACGACUUCGGACUAGUGUAGAAGAAGAAAACUACCGUCAGGAGACCGGUAUGGGCCAAAAUAUGAAUGUGACCGACCUCUGUGCUUAUCUUUGUGUGUUCGCAUGUUGGGGUGCCAUUAGAAAACAUGAAUUUGCCAACUUUGUCCUAAAUUGGUCAUCGUGUUUUUGUGUCGCCAUCGGCUCCCUCCACCCCCCACUCAGCCUCGCUUGA